CGCGGGCCGGGCGGGGCCGAGGGCCGCGCGACCCCGCGGGCGGCGCCUCUGCGGGGAGGGCGAGCGCUCGGGGCCCGGGACUGGCCGCGGGGCUCCGUGCAAGUUGACAGGUGUGCGGAGGGCGGCGGGGACCAGGCGUGGAAGCCCGAGGCAAGGCUCGUGUCGGGAGCCGGGGUAUUUUGGGCGUUCGUGUGGCCUGCGCUGUGACUAACAGCCCUGUGACCUUGGACAAGUUCACGAAGUCCCUUGAAACUUUGGUGCCCGUAAACUGAAGAUAACGACCCUUCAGCUCUGCGGGUGGCGGUGAGAAUUUGUAGGCUCUGUGUAAAGUCCCCUGCACCUGGUCCCCAGGGGCUGUCACUGUCUUCAGUGGACGCUCCUCGGAAUGAGCACAGGAGUUCCUGCUUGGGCUGCUUUGGGAUCCAGAGAAUCAUCCUCUGUUGGGUUUUGCCCAAGCCCCAAACAGUUGGAACCAGAGAGCUCCUUGAAGGAAAGGGCCUGCCAAAGGAAUUUUCCAAGUGGGUUCACACCAGGACCUGCGGCUCCUGUGGUCAGUCCGGGAGGACAAAGUGGGACUUGAGGAUUUGCUCCACCUGGGGCCAUGGCAGGGCCGGGCCUGCCCCUCCGUGUGGCCACCCUUCUGACGGGGCUGCUGGAAUGCCUUGGCUUUGCGGGUGUCCUCUUUGGCUGGGCUUCGCUAGUGUUUGUCUUCAAAACAGAGCAUUACUUUGAGGAGCUAUGUGAACCAGAAGCUGGGCUCCUGAGCAACACCACAGGGCAAGCUGACUGCAAAGCCCAGGACGAGAGAUUCUCUCUCAUCUUCACCCUGGCAUCCUUCAUGAACAACUUCAUGACGUUCCCCACUGGCUACAUCUUUGACCGUUUUAAGACCACUGUGGCUCGCCUCUUAGCCAUAUUUUUCUACACCAGCGCCACUCUGACCAUAGCCUUCACCUCUGCAGGCUCAGCUUGGCUGCUCUUCCUGGCCAUGCCCGCGCUCACCAUCGGGGGAAUCCUGUUUCUCAUCACCAACCUGCAGAUUGGGAACCUAUUUGGCAAACACCGUUCCACCAUCAUCACCCUCUACAAUGGAGCAUUUGACUCUUCCUCUGCAGUCUUUCUCAUCAUCAAGCUUCUUUAUGAACAGGACAUCAGCCUUAGGGCCUCCUUCAUCUUCCUGUCUGCAUGCAGUGUCUGGCAUGUUGGGCGUACUUUCCUCCUGAUGCCUCGGGGGCACAUCCCCUACCCACUGCCCCCCAACUACAGCUACGGCCUGUGUUCUGGGCGUGGUUCCAGAAAGGAAGAGAAGAAAACAGCUGAGCCCGAAAACAGGGAGCUGCAGUCAAGCGAGUGUCUGUCACCAAAGGGAGAGAGUCCAGGACCCGGGCAGCAGCAGAAACUCCGUUCUUUCUGGAGCUACGCUUUCUCUCGGCGGUUCGCCUGGCACAUGGUGUGGCUGUCUGUGAUACAGCUGUGGCACUACCUCUUCAUCGGCACGCUCAACUCUCUGCUGACCAACUUGGCGGGCAGGGACAGGACACAGGUCAGCACCUACACAAACGCCUUUGCCAUCACUCAGUUCUUUGGAGUGCUCUGUGCCCCCUGGAACGGUCUGCUCAUGGACCGGCUGAGACAGAGGUACCUGAAGGAAGCAAAAAGGACAGGUUCCUCCGCCGCAGCUGCGGCCCUCUCCUCUGCAGUGCCUUCGCUGGCCCUGACAUCUCUGCUGUGCCUGGGCUUUGCCCUCUGUGCCUCCAUCCCUGUCCUCUCCCUCCAGUACGUCACCUUCAUCCUGCAGGUGAUCAGCCGCUCCUUCCUCUAUGGGGGCAAUGCUGCCUUCCUCACUCUCGCGUUCCCUUCAGAGCACUUUGGCAAGCUCUUUGGGCUGGUGAUGGCCCUGUCGGCCAUUGUGUCCCUGCUGCAGUUCCCCAUCUUCACCCUCAUCAAAGGUCCCCUCCAGAACAACCCCUUAUAUGUGAAUGUGGUGCUGCUGCUUGCCACUCUUCUGACGUUCGUCCAUCCCUUCCUGGUGUACCGGGAGUGCCAAGCCUGGAAGGAAAACCCCUCUAAACCAUGAGCUCGGAAUCCCUCACCUGUCAGCCCUGAGGAUGCUUUUCCUCACCUUUCCCUGCCUUUGAGGACCCUGUGUCUGCGGACCUUGCCUACCUAGGCUACUGUAUUAAGUAGUCAUUAAUUUUUUUCUAAAAAAAGGAGGGGGAAAUAGAGACAUGUUUAACUGCUCACCAGGUUUCUGAUCAGCAAGGAAAGAAUCUCAGUUGCCAGUGGAUCGAUAGUGUACAAACCCAAGGCAAAGGCAUGUGGAUGUUCUCCUUGGUUUCAAAGCAGGAGGUGACUGACUCUCUGCAUGACUUUGGCAGACCCUCGAGAGCAAGAGGGGUGAUAUGGGGAGGGGGGUUUGUCACCUGCUUCUUUAGGUCCGUUGGUCCUGAAGCUUACCUGUGUUGGAGCCUCUGCUGCCAGGUACAUUUCCAGGUAAAGUGUGAGGUCAUCAUGGCCUAUACCCUGGCAUUUAGGUGCUGCAGCAGACCUAGCUUUCCCUCUGAAACACUUCUUGGUUGGAGAACUCUCCAUGAGCUUCAGGGGAAAGAGGAGCAGACAGAGGUCCCUGGGCCUAAGUCCUGGCUCUGCCUCUCAUGCUGGAUGAGCUUGGGCUGCCCUUCUCGGGUCUGAGCAUCACUUUUUCCAUGUGUAAAAUGAGAGUGUGUUGGAGUUCAAGGUUCUUUCUGGAGCUAAUGUCCUGGAAAGUCUUAGGAACAGUGACAGGGAGUCCAACUGCCCAAGGACCUUAGAAACCAGCUGACCCCCUUGCCAGAAGGAUGUCUGGUGAACCCUCUGGGGAUGUUUUCCUCUUCAGGAAGGGGGAUAGUUAUUUACUUUUAUGGCAUCUUAUAAAACAUUUCUAUGUGGGAUAAUUUUAUAGAAAAUAAAGACUUUGUGUCUAAGACCA